CGUGGUUGUUUUGAUACCUACUUGUACGUCACUGUCCCUUCAACACGUAAAUGAAGAAUGGAGCUUAUUCAAACUGAAGUACAACCGAAGUUUUACAUCCGCCGAAGAAGAAAACUACAGGUUCUCCGUUUUUGUGAAAAACCUGAAGACGAUCAUUUUACACAAUACGGCUGCCGACAAUGGACACUCUUCAUACUGGAUGGGAAUAAACAAUUUUGCUGAUUUGACGGACAAAGAAUUUGAAGAACAGUACACGGGACUAAAGCUAAAACCCAGAACUGAAACAAUUGAUGAUAGUCUGAUAGAACAGGAUCGUGUCAACUUAACAGCAUUGCCGAAAGAAGUAGACUGGAGAAAUAAUGACUGUGUGACUCGAGUGAAAUUUCAGGGCCUCUGCGGGAGCUGCUAUGCGUUUGCUGCUACGGGAGCGUUAGAGGGUCAUACAUGUAUAAAGACAAAGAAACUAGUGUCGCUGUCGGAACAGAAUAUCAUUGACUGUACAGACAACAAAUUGUACGCGAACGACGGCUGCAUUGGAGGACAAGCCGAAAAUGCAUAUAUAUAUGUGAAAGAUAAUGGCGGUAUUGAUACAGAAAAAUCAUACCCGUAUGAUCAAAAGGUUGGAGACUGUAAGUACAGUAAGGAAAAUAUUGGUGCUACUGCAAAGGGUUUAAAAGAAUUACCAAUCGGCAACGAGUUCGCCCUACAGAAAGCCGUGGCCUGGAAUGGACCGGUCUCUGUUUGUAUAGACUCAACAGGAACGAAGUCUUACAGUCAUGGGAUAUAUGAUGGCAAAGAUGAAACACAUCUGAGCACGUGCAGUUCCGAAAAAGUUAAUCAUGCAAUGCUGGUAAUUGGAUACGGUACGUCAACGAAUGGGCAAGAUUACUGGCUGCUGAAGAACAGUUGGGGUACAACGUGGGGAUUAGAAGGUUACAUGAAGUUGGUGAGAAACAAGAGGAACCGAUGUGGCAUAACAACAAUUGCUAGCUAUCCUAUAGUGUAAUUACCAAACAAACAAACAAACGAAAAUCUUAACUUACAACAAAUAAUUCGUGGACCUUACAAUCUGUUUUUUAUCUUGCAUAAGAUGCAGAUUUUGUAUUUUGUAGUAUAGAACCUUCGUACUUAUUCCUCAUUUUGAAAAUUGUCAACGGUAAAAGAGUCUAUAUGUUUCUUCAAAGGCGUGACUGAACACUAAAGCCAUAUUCCAUUGGAGGUACUGCUCAAACGAUCAACAUGUUGUUAUCAUCAGAUAAAGAGCGUUCCUUGCAUCCCAAAGCAUAUACAUAGCUGUAUAUAUAUAUACAUAAUAACUGGCACUGAAGGAAAUGAGACUGACCUGUUUAUUCUUCCCAAAAAGUACCCGAAUAACAAACUGUGAAGACCCGUUUAUUCUUCCCAUAUAGUACCCGAAUAACAAACUGUGAAGACCUGUUUAUUCUUCCCAUAUAGUACCCGAAUAACAAACUGUGAAGGAAAUGAAAUUUUCCGAAUAACAAACUGUGAAGGAAAUGAAACUAACCAAUUUAUUCUUUGCACAUAAUAUAUAGGUGUACAUGUAUAUGGCGAAAAAAAAAACUGAAUGAAUGGCAGAAGAUUGCGAGAAACUGGGUAGCUUGUUCUUUCCAUAUAAUAUAUUAUGACAUACUCGUUUCUAUUCCCCGUUAAGAUACACUGGUUCCGGAAACGUCAAUAUUUUUCCAUAUACUGACGCUUGAAAUUCAUAUUGGGUGCGUGACGUAAUUCAGUGUGUAAUGUUGCACUAUUUUUUUCUUUUUAGUUCAGUAUUGUCAAUCCUGUUCAAGCUGUUAAAUAUAUUUAUGAUAUUUACGUAAUAUUUAUGUGUGUAUAUGCAUGCGUAUGUAAUAAAAAGGUUAUUAUCUUUGAAUCGGGAAAUAUGCACUCGUUCUUCAGCGGACGAGAAUUGCGCUCCUAAAGUCGCGCAAUAAUUCCGCUGAAGAUCUCGUGCAUAUUUCCCGAUACAAAGCUAAUAACCUAUAAUUAUCAGAUGUUUGACGUCGCGGGAGUAUAAUAAAGCCAUUACAUAAAAAUGAUAAUACACUAGUGUAAUAAAGUUUCGACGUCGACGUCAUUUAUUGUAUAGGCGACGUCAGUCAAAUUGUCUUGUUUAUAUAGUAAAAAAAAAGUCAAAUAUUUGAUGUUUCGACAAAAAGGCUAACAUGUGGUAAAAAGAAUAUUACAUUUGUGACUUUCCACAUUGAAUUUAUUAAACGAGUUGAAUAAAAUUGAUAAAAUGCUCGGCUGAGCCUCGCAUUUUAUUAUUUUAUUCAACUCGUUUAAUGAAUUCAAUAAGGAAAGGCACUCAUGUAAUAUCCUCUAUAUCUAAAUGAACAAUAUUUUUCUUUUGCUUUUCGUAUUGUUGAGUUAAACUUCACACCGAUACAUCUAUAAGUCAUACGGAGACUUUCCAGCUUUUGUUGAAGGGGGAAGACCCUAGCUGCCCCUUCGUGUAUUAUGUCAUCACUAGCGGGCACCUGGGUAGAACCACCGACCUUCCGUAAGCUAGCUGGAUGGCUUCCCAACAUGAACAUUUCAUCGCCCGGAGCCCGCCCGAACCCACAUCGAUGUAUAUAGCAACAGUACUGAAUAAAUGGCAAAAUGAUAGCUUGUUCUUUCCACAUAACAAUGAGAGACUGUAUAGCUUGUUCUUUCCACAUAACAAUGAGAGACUGUAUGCUUGUUCUUUCCACACAACAUUGAGAGACUGUAUAGCUUGUUCUUUCCACACAACAAUCAGAGACUGUACAGCUUGUUCUUUCCACAUAACAAUGAGAGCCUGUAUAGCUUGUUCUUUCCACAUAACAAUGAGAGACUGUAUAUCUUGUUCUUUCCACACAACAAUGAGAGACUGUACAGCUUGUUCUUUCCACAUAACAAUGGUAGAAGAUUAGAAGAAACCAGAUUACUUGUUCUUUCCAUAUGAAUGAAAGAAAAUCGAAAGACAUUGUAUAGUUUGUUCUUUCCACAUAAUAUUGAGAGACUGUACAGUUUGUUCUUUCCACAUAAUAAUUAUAAUGAUAGAAGAUUGAAAUAAACGGUAUAGUUUGUUCUUUCCACAUAAUGAUGAUAGAAGAUUGAAAGAAACUGUAUAUUUUGUUCUUUCCACAUAAUAAUGAGAGACUAUAUAGUUUGUUCUUUCCUUUUGAUACUUAUAGAAGAUUGAAAGAAAAUGUAUGGUUUGUUCUUUCCACAUAAUGAUGACAGAAGAUUGAAAGAAACUGUAUAUUUUGUUCUUUCCACAUAAUAAUGAGAGACUAUAUAGUUUGUUCUUUCCUUUUGAUACUUAUAGAAGAUUGAAAGAAAAUGUAUAGUUUGUUCUUUCUACAUAACGAUGAUAGAAGAUUGAAAUAAAGUGUAUACUUUG